AAUUAAUAAAAUUGAACAUAACCUUAGUUUGGUGAUGUAUUUAUGAUUGUUUGAUAGUAUUUAAUUAUUUAUAUUUUUGAAUUUAUUGAUAUAAUUUAUUAUCGGAAUGAGGUGAUAUAACGGAACUCAAAAUGAUUACUAACAUGUGCAACACCAAUAUUCCACAGCUCUUUAAUAAUGGAAAUCCACUAAUAGAAAACACCUACCUCAAAGUAGAAAUGGUUGAUGGCACUACACAACUAAUUCAAUUAACAAGAGAACAAGGAAUAGCUCUUGGCAUUGAUUUAACCGAGAACAUAAUGUCUCCAAAUGAAAUAAUACAGGUUGAAAAUGUUUGCAUAAAUCCUAUUAAAGAGGAACCUAUAUAUAUAAAAUCAUCAGAAUUGAAAACACGUUACAAUUGCAAAAUCAUACAACCAGAAGAUCUAAAUUUGAAGCCUAAUAUUGCAGUUCCACCAUUAGUUUCUUUACCUAGAGGGAGACCAAGAAAAAAAGUUGAGGAAAAUGUGGAACCAAAACCACUAACAGUCCCUAAAAUAGUAAAAACAACUAGAACAAGAUCUGGACGAAUUACAAGGCCACCUAUGCAUAUGGAGAAGGAUUAUGAAAAGAUAAUUGUAAGUGAUGAUAGAGGUCUAGGUGAACAUAAAGACCUGUCCACAGUAGAAUUUGACACUUGUCCACCACCAAAAAAAAUUAAAAGAACUACUAAAGAAAAUACUACAAAUCCAAAAACGUCCAAAGAAGCAAAACGAAAACGUCUUAUCCCUGCACAAUACAGAUGUACAUACUGUCACAAGGCGUAUUUAGGUAGGAACCGAAUAAUGCAGCAUCUGAAUAGGCAUCCGGAACAUGAAACAUUAUCGCAAUUUAACAUGGAAGACAGCGAGACAUGGAGCUUCUUGAUAGAGUUAGCAUUGAAAUCGAAAGUGGGUAAUAAGGGUACAAAAUUCUGUAAAGAAAUUCUGAACUUAAUUCGGAAUGCUCGGAUACUCGUUAAGUACUUUUUUAAGCCCGUCAAAGUGCAUAGGUCCCAAUAUUAUGUAGAUUCAUUGCUUGCGUCAAUACUAAAUAUAAAAGAAGGCGAUUAUAGAUUUAGCGAAAGUGAACUGUGCAAAGACGUUUCAAUUUUUUCGUUCCUGGAAUUAUUAGAUGAUAAUUUUGCAGAUCACGUUCUCUCCGAAGAACCAAGAGUUAAACCGCUUGAAAAGCAUCAAGCAACAAAGGAAACAAGCAGCUGUCAUAAUAUUUUAUCAUUGGGCGACGAACUGGAUUGCAAUAAAAAAUUGAAUGAAAACAAUAUGAACUUGCAUUUUGAAAGCGAUAUAAUGGAUGUAUUGAAAGAGUCGAAUAAGGAUUUAUUCGAGGAUAAAGAAGUUAAAAAUCAUAAUGGUUUUGUAAAUACGAUUUUGGAUGAUUUGAAUGAAGCAAAACCUCUAGACAAGAGAAAAAACAAUUAUGACACUGUAUACUCCGAUAAUAAUUUUUCAUUUGAAAAUAAUACAAAAAAUGAAAAUUUUGAAGUAAAAUCAAAUUUACAAUUUGACAAACACGGUAAGGAGAUAGAUAUAUUUCCUAACACAAUUCAUAAUAUCUUAAGUACUGGUGCUAGCGAUGAGAACAUAAAUAUAUUGAGUGAAAACAAAAUUGAGAAAGAUGUCAAAGGGGACGUUAAAAGUUUGUAUAACGAUAUUAUGAACUUGAGCCAAGAGAAGAAAGAAUUGGGUAAAAAGGGAGAAGAAUUUGAUUUGCACAAAUUGCAUUUAUUAUCUGCCGACAUAUCCGACGAAUUAAUAUUGCCCGAUACCUCUGGGCAUGUAAGCAAUAUCUUGGAUACGAGUACGAGUAGUGAUGAUAUUAUGAACGUGGACCAGUUUGUAAAUGAGCGUUUCAAGAAACUGACUGAGGUUGAAGAAGAAAUAUCGACCGCGAAUGGUUUAUCUUUGGAUUUACCUGCCUUAGAUUGUUUCAAUUUCCAUACAAGUUAAAUUUAUUAUUAUUACUUAU